GCUCCAAGCCAAUUGCAGCCGCGUUUGCUCACCGAUUAGGCAGUAUCAACAUGGCAGCUUUUUGAGUUUUAGAGGAGGGGAGCUGGUGUAAAUAAACACAAUAUUUCACGUUUUACAAAUAACGACAGCGUUCGGGUGCUUGUGUUUAGGGCUGUCAAGAAAAUGUCGAGUGACGGAAACAAGAAGCAGUUCUGGAAAAGAAACGCAGCGAAGGUUCCCGGCAGCAUUCAGCAUGUGUACGGCGCACAACACCCACCUUUCGACCCACUCCUUCAUGCUAACUUAAUUAAAGCAGGCAACAAGCCUCCUCCAGCCACACCAGGCAAACCCAAGAAGGCUACCACCUUCCAGGAGUUUGAGAGCAUCACAAGUGACGCCUGGGAUGUUGGGGACGAUGACGACGAGUUACUGGCCAUGGCUGCACAGAACCUCAACAUAGAGGUAGUCAUGGAGACUGCCAAUAAGGUGAUUGAGAAUCACAGCAAGCAGCAGGAGAGACAGCGGCAGGAUGACACAACAGAGCUGGAACAAAGAGAAGAGGACACACAGGAGGAGGUGGCAGAGGAUGAGGAGGAGGAUGAGGAAGAUGAGGAGGACAGAGUGGAGGAGGGAGAUGUGACCAGUCCAGAGGUGUCAUUUGCCUCCCAGAGCAGCCCUUACACUGACGGUCGCCUUGUGAAGUCCCACAGCGAAGCUCCAAUUGGGUCACCUAAAGAUGCAGCUGGUGAGCACGCAGCUCUGCACAGACAGCGGUCUCUGCCCCACCGGCCGCCCGUCAUCCCGCUAGUGGCUCGCAUGGCUGACCAGAACACAUCUGGCACUCCGGCCAUGACCGAGAGGGAAGCAUCCCGUCUGGAUAAGUUCAAACAGUUAUUGGCUGGGCCCAACACAGAUCUGGAAGAGCUACGGAAACUCAGCUGGUCAGGAAUCCCACGACAGGUUCGACCAAUCACGUGGAAGCUCCUUUCAGGUUACCUGCCAGCUAAUGCAGAGAGGAGAGAAAGCGUCCUACAGAGGAAGAGACAGGAAUAUUUUGGCUUCAUCCAGCAAUACUACGACUCCCGCAACGAUGAACACCAUCAGGACACAUACAGACAGAUCCACAUAGACAUUCCUAGGAUGAGUCCUGAGACUUUGGUGCUGCAGCCAAAGGUGACAGAGAUUCACAUUGACAUACCGAGAACUAAUCCUCUUAUUCCUCUCUUUCAACAAGCUUCUGUCCAAGAGAUUUUUGAACGGAUCCUGUUUAUUUGGGCCAUCCGCCACCCGGCCAGCGGCUACGUGCAAGGCAUCAACGACCUGGUCACGCCGUUCUUCGUCGUCUACGUCUUCGAGUACAUCGAGGAAGAAGUGGAAAACUUUGACGUGUCCAGUCUCCAGGAAGAGGCUCUGAGGAACAUUGAGGCUGACAGCUUCUGGUGCAUGAGCAAACUGCUGGACGGCAUCCAGGACAACUAUACAUUUGCCCAGCCAGGCAUCCAGAGGAAAGUCAAGGCCCUGGAGGAGCUGGUCAGCAGGAUUGAUGAGUCUGUGCAUCGCCACAUGCAGCAGUACGAGGUGGAGUACCUGCAGUUCGCCUUUCGCUGGAUGAACAACCUCCUGAUGAGGGAGCUGCCACUACGCUGCACAAUCCGACUGUGGGACACCUACCAGGCUGAACCAGAGGGUUUCUCCCAUUUCCACCUCUACGUGUGUGCUGCAUUCCUGGUGAGGUGGAGGAAAGAGAUUCUAGAGGAGAGGGAUUUUCAGGGUCUGAUGAUUCUCCUGCAGAACCUCCCCACGAUGCACUGGGGCAACGAGGAAGUAAGCGUGCUGCUGGCCGAAGCCUACAGGUUGAAGUUUGCCUUUGCCGACGCGCCCAACCACUACAAGAGAUGAUAAGCGUGGCUCUCCGCAGCUGCCCUCCCUUCUCCUUUUCCUCUUCUUCCUCCUUUCCUUCCCCACACUCGUCUACUGAACUUCGAGGCCCCUGCUCCUCCGUGGAAGGACUGCCUCCUUUUCUUAACCCCCUUUUCCCAUAUUGCCCAAUGGGCCUUUCAGCUACUAAGAGAUUUGAAUCAACCAAUGACUGAGAGGACGUGCUGUGUAGCACUCUUAACAUGUUGAUGUGGAGCCUUUUUUUUAAAUUAUUUUUUUUCUCUGAUCAGCUCUGAAAUGCGCACUCCUGCAGUCCAGCGCAGACCUCAGAACCCUCUUCAUCAAUGAAGCUUGAUCCGCUCAAGCUGACGCCUCAAAGUACAACCUCAGGCGUGAUGUAGGACCAUGAGCUGUUGCUCAGCACCGCCUGGGGUUUUCUUCUGGCUCAGAAAAAUGUUCUUUCCCGCUUAUUGUUAUUUCCAAUACCACGGCAAUACAUUGUUGUUGUUUUUUUUUGGUUCCCUAAGGCAAAGAUUUGACCUUUUUUGUCAGUUUGCCAAGACAAAGAAAGAUGGCAAAAGGGCAGUGCGCUAGAUGGUUUACAUAUCUGAGCCCUCUCUCCUGGUCACAACACAACCUGACAGAACGUGACCUCUCCUGUUUUUCUAGGGUUUUUUUUUUUUUUUUUUUUUUUUCCAGCGUCAUGCCAGGAGGGACGGAUUGUUUUCCUUCAUGACAAACUAACACACUAGGAUUCUACACAGAGAGAAAGAUUAUCUGUCUGUGAGUGGAGGAUUGUCUCCCUCUUUCUACAAACCACACACACACCAACUGAGUCUCCUCCCUCAUCCCAUCCUCCAACAUCCCAGUGUUUGAGUGUAAGACAAACAGCGGUAAGAGGCUGCAGGUCCAGAGAGUCGCACAUACGCAGAUCGACAUAAAACAAAGUAAUAAGCCAUUAGGAGUAAGAAAGCUACUUUUUCCCACUCAUUAGGUUUUUCCCUAUGAAGGGCCAUGUCUUAUCUAUUAGCUACUCCUCCUCUCUGAACUUAGGACUACCUCAGAACACACGUUAACACGCAAGUAGUGAGAACUUAAGAUCCAACUGACCUAAAAAUACACACAUUGUUGCAUACAUCACAUAACAGCAAGACACAAACUACACAUUCACAUCAAUUUGGGCGUCAAAAUCAACUGUUAAAUUACAAAUCAAAACAGUAUAUCUCCUCAUGGAAGCUUCAUUUGUUAUUCACAGAAAAGAAACAGAUCCAAAUGUGAUUUAAAUUUAGCCUUUAUUAAAGUAAAAAAUUAACUUUCUCUCUUUGCGAUCUGUCAGCACCUCCUACGCUCCUGACAUUUCGGCCCUAUUUUCAGUUUUCUCUUGGUUCAGUGUUUUGACUCCCUCUGCAGCGUGUUAAAUACGGCAUAUCGGUAGAAGGGGUCCGCCACUGUUUGCUGAGAACAAACUUCAGAGCAACAUGUCUGUUUUCGCCUGAUAGUACAAAUGAAGCACAAAUGAAGACGUUUGGGAAGUAAAUGCCUCUAUCUUUAAGAAAGUCUUGCAUCAUUGUUAAUGUCUUUCCCUAACUUGGAGAAGCUGGUCCGAAGUUCUCUCCAAUAUGAGAGGAGAAGAUAACUAUUAUUCACCACGAUCUUUCAUUUUAAAUAUCCCAUUCUUUUGCAUAUAGCAAGCUGCACAAAUAUGAACAAAAACAUCUGGUGCGCCUAGAUUAACCUCAUUAUUCUUGUGCACAUGACCCUGAGCUUUUCACUGAUCAUCGCAGAUGUUAGGAAAAUACCUUUUUUUUAAAAAAAAUGUUUUUGUCUUUAUGUUGCUCUGUUCGUGUAGAGCACAUGGGAUGUCUAACCCAAAGUCAGUAGCACCAUAUUGGUGUAAUGUUGGGAGGAGGGGGCGGGAUGGUAAUCAGACAUUCAUGACAUAACACAAAGCGGUUAGCGUUCAGAGCCUCCUGUCGCGACUCCGCCAGGAUCCAUUAUUGUCACCGGAGCUCACAAAGAUGGUGCGCGUAGGUGUGUGAAGGGGAGAUGGAAGGAGAGAGGGAGGGAGUUGUGUUUCUUUGGAAGUUUCAGCACUUUUUCUGUGAGAGCUGUCAGUCUUUGAUCACACGUUGGGAUUUUUUUUUUUUUUCCCUUUUUUUCUUUUUACACAAUCUGCACCAGUUUCACAAGCCCCUCAUCUCCCAUGCUCUCUGACAAGGAAAAACUGCACUUAAUUUAAAAGUCUAUAGCCUUUUUUCCUUUUGUAUGAGAUAUAUUCUUUCAAUCAGCGUUUUAAAGAUUUGUCUUUCUCUUCUUGGUUUUAUUUUUUUAUGCUGUUUACAUGACAAGCCUAUUAAGUUGUGCCUGACUCUGGAGACACAAGACAACAUCCUUGUUACGUUUUUGACCUCAGAUUAACUUGAAAGAUUUUAGAUUUCUGCAAGCAAUAGUAUGACAUUUUGAAUUUGUUGUGAAAAGACAGAAAAAUAUCUUCUUUUUUUUUCUUUCUUUUUUUGUACACAUCGAGUUUUUAGGUGUGUCAACCACAAACUGAACUGCUUGAUUAUACACUGGGCAUUAAUGUCAGAUUAAUAGUUCAAACAUUGACCAUUCGAUAAACCCCUCCCCCAAAUAAUGAUUGUCCAAUCAUAGGCAGACCUGUCAAGCUUCUCCAUAUCUCAGAGCGAUGUGAACGGGGAUGUAGUAAGCAUUGAAAGAGUUUUGAGACUCAUAUGUUUUUUCUCGUAGCCUCUCCAAAGCCAGAAACACAAGAGGAUGUAUUGAGUAGUGUGUUUGAGGUAAAAUACAUUCAUUGGCAUGUCCAGCUUACUACAUUACUCUCCACAGUAGUAACCCAGUGAUACUUCCCAGGUCAAGCAGCACAUUACUAACUAACAUUAGUUUGUGGGGUUACAGGUUAUGUAACAUCCACUGUGUAGUAUUUCUCCACUGUGUGGGGUGCCUAGGAUGAGUUUAGGGUAACAUUAACAGAACACAACAUUUGGGGAAGUUAACGCUCUAGCAACCCAAGCCAACAUUACCCAAGAUAAUGUUUUGUUUGCCAAAUACAUUGGUUUAAUCAUCAUUCUCAGUAUGUAAACCAAGCAGCCAAACAGAUUUAUGUUAUGAACGAAGUAACAGUCUUAUCUUGCAUUUUUCUAUAUAAUUACUUAAAAUACUAGGACCAACUAACUAGCUUUAGACUAUACAAGAACAAUGCUGUUUCUUUACUUACAUGUCUUCUACAUGGACUAUCAACUGGUGAGGAUGCUGACUUUUUGCCUAGCUUUUAGCACAUUAUCAUGUAUGUUAAGACCCUUUUUACAGGGUUCUUGUUUUACAAUAGGUCAGAAACAUUAAAAACAUUGAGAAGCUAACAUUAGCUCAGUUUGCUGGCUAGCUAGAGCUAAUAUAAUCUGCUGUGGGUAGUUGUCAUUCCAGGCAGGAAAACUGAUAGUCGCAGGCUAGAAAUGAGAAUCUGGCUGUCUGAAAUUAAAGGAGCCAUUAUUCCAUAAUGUUUUAUAAAUUUUGAAUAGUAUGCUGCUAAUGUCACAGUGUGAGAAUGGAAAGCUUGACAGGCGUAGCUAGGGGAGGUGGGGUUUAGCGAACAGUCAAUUAUUAUGCUGUUAAUUACCCAAAGCCCUACUUUUCAAGACGUUAUGUUGCCUUAUUGCACAUAUUAAUAUUAAACACUGUGAGGUGUGCUGAAAACUGAAAAAAAAAAAAAAAAAAAACUGAAAAAAAAUUAUUUAAACACAGACUGCCGCAAUGGCCAACAUCCUCAAAAAUGACCAAAAGUAAAAGUUUUUUUGCAAUUUCUAAACUAGGUGGGAAGGCAGACGAUGUAAGAAUUAGCUGCCUACACAGACCUUUGUGAAAAGAGAUGGUUUAAUGAACAGACAUGAAUACGCAAACACCCAAAUUAGCCUGCCUGUAACCCACUGUCUCUCAGCACACAUACGUCUCCAUGGUGAUGAAGGCCUAGGUGGUAUAUGGCUGGAGCCUUCUUUCUAUUAGCACGCACACACACACACGAGGAGGCAAACUUCAAACAUUCUUUGCAGCAUCUUCAGGAGGGUAUCCUUAAGUAACAUUUUCAGCUGCUUUCAUUUUUUUUUCUUUUUCUUCUUUUUUUUUUCUUUUUUUUUUUUUGCUCUACUUCUCCAGACAUGAAAAUAUGUUUAUGAAAACCAAACUGAAAAGAAAAAAAAAUCCUCCCCAUGUCUUUUGCCUCUUGAGUACUCAGAAAAUCUAAUAAUACUAGAGCGUGUGGGUGACAGGAGUAGUGGUUGUUGAAUUUAAAAAUGUGUACAGAGAAGAUUUUCAAACAAAAUCUGUAAAUAGAAAGUGUAAAUAAAUCCUAUAUAUGACAAAAUUACUUUGGA